CCGGGCCGCCGCCGCGCCCGCGCCUUGGCUCUGCCUCCAGGAGCCGAGCGAGCCGCUGCUCCCUCGUGGUGUGAGGGCGGUGAUGUUUUUCCUCCCACCCACUUCUGAGUCCCCCCUCCCCCCCUCGUGCGCACUCUAGCUCUCGCCACAACCUGCAAGCCCCAGACUUCGGAGGAGCGCCCCGGGGAGCUCGGAGCGCGUGCACGCGUGGAAGACGGAGCAGGCCAGUGGCCAGCAGCUUGAAUACACCGGGCCCUGAAAUUUUGAGUAGCCUUUUACAGUGGCCAGGAUGAGAAAAAAGUGGAAAAUGGAAGGCAUGAAAUACAUCUUCUCCUUGUUGCUGUUCUUUCUUUUCCUAGAAGGAAGCAAAACAGAGCAACUGAAACAUUCAGAGACAUAUUGUGUGUUUCAAGACAAGAAGUACAGAGUGGGUGAGAGAUGGCAUCCUUACCUGGAACCUUAUGGGUUGGUUUACUGUGUGAACUGCAUCUGCUCAGAGAAUGGGAAUGUACUCUGUAGCCGAGUCAGAUGUCCAAGCCUUCAUUGCCUGUCCCCCGUGCAUAUUCCUCAUCUGUGCUGCCCACGCUGCCCAGAAGACUCCCUACCCCCAGCGAACAAUAAGGUGACCAGCAAGUCCUGUGAAUACAACGGGACUACUUACCAACAUGGUGAGCUGUUCGUGGCUGAAGGGCUCUUUCAGAACCGGCAACCCAAUCAGUGUACGCAGUGCAGCUGUUCGGAGGGGAAUGUGUACUGUGGUCUCAAGACUUGUCCCAAGUUAACCUGUGCAUUCCCAGUCUCUGUUCCGGAUUCCUGCUGCCGGGUAUGCAGAGGGGAUGGAGAAUUGUCGUGGGAACAUUCUGAUGGUGAUAUCUUCCGGCAACCUGCCAACAGAGAAGCAAGACAUUCUUACCACCGUUCCCACUAUGACCCUCCACCAAGCCGACAGGCUGGAGGUCUGCCCCGCUUUCCUGGGGCCAGAAGUCACCGAGGAGCUCUUAUGGAUUCCCAGCAAGCGUCGGGCACCAUUGUGCAGAUUGUCAUCAACAACAAACACAAGCAUGGCCAAGUGUGUGUUUCCAAUGGAAAGACCUACUCCCACGGCGAAUCCUGGCACCCAAACCUCCGGGCAUUUGGCAUCGUGGAGUGUGUGCUGUGCACUUGUAAUGUCACCAAGCAAGAGUGUAAGAAAAUCCACUGCCCCAAUCGAUACCCCUGCAAGUAUCCUCAAAAAAUAGAUGGAAAAUGCUGCAAGGUGUGUCCAGGUAAAAAGGCAAAAGAAGAACUUCCAGGCCAAAACUUUGACAGCAAGGGCUACUUUUGUGGAGAAGAAACGAUGCCCGUGUAUGAGUCUGUGUUCAUGGAGGAUGGGGAGACCACCAGAAAAAUAGCCCUGGAGACAGAGAGACCACCUCAGGUAGAGGUCCACGUUUGGACCAUUCGAAAAGGCAUCCUCCAGCACUUCCAUAUUGAGAAGAUCUCCAAAAGGAUGUUUGAGGAACUCCAUCACUUCAAGCUGGUGACCAGAACAACCCUGAGCCAGUGGAAGAUAUUCACCGAAGGAGAAGCUCAGAUCAGCCAGAUGUGUUCAAGUCGUGUGUGCAGAACAGAGCUUGAAGAUUUGGUCAAGGUUUUGUACCUGGAGAGGUCUGAAAAGGGCCACUGUUAAACGAUACAGAUGGUGUUGGAGAGGGUGAAGCAAGAAAACUGAAGCUGCAGCUGGACUGCGGGCUUAUUUUGCUUAAGUCACCAGUGCCCUAAAACCCCAAACUCAAAUGCAGUUCAUUAUCCACGCCAUGCACAGUAUAACUUGCUCCUUUAUGUGGAGUGGUGUGUCAGUCCUUAAACAUCUCCUCCAAAGAGACUAGAAGAGUCUCGAAUUAUUUGUGGGAGGAAGCAGGAUAGAACACCACAGCACUGCUCUAGUUUCUGGGAGAAUCACAUUUCUUUACAGGUUAAAGAGUAAACAAAAACCUAGGGUUUCUGUCUAGAAAGUCACUCCAGUGAAAGAAAAAGACAAGAAUUUGCUUAGUAGGAUUUGUGUAGUACAGAGAAAAUAUGUGUAUGAAAUUAUACUCUUCGACUUUUAGGAUGUCUUGUGUUUUUAAGAAAAAAUUAAUUCCCCCUCCACAUCCACCCAGAGAUGCAUGUAUACGCGCACACUCACGCACACAUGCGCGCGCGCACACACACAUACACCAGACACUAAACUGCAACCUUCCUUCUGAGGCAAAGCCGGCACAGGCUCUCCCCUCCUUGCCUGGCUCCCAGGUAGCUUGGAAGUUGUGGGUACCCAGGAGGAGAAAGAAGGAAUUGUGAGCAAAAGGCUCUGCCCUUGGGUCAGUGGUGUGGUUGCCACCGUCACCAACUAUGGUGGCAAGGUGAAGAAUAAGAACACCGUCUCAUGGCCACAUUCACUUUGAAGCCCUAAAUAACUUUUCCCUAGUGCUACACUUCUCUUUUUUCCCUGAGCCCGUGAGGCCCCCAUAAAGAAGUUAGAACUGGGAUAGAAUCUUCUGAAACUGAGUCCACACAAGACAAAAUAAAUGUUGAAGAAAAUGGUGGCUCAGGGUCCACAAGGCAACCUUCUGUGUUUUCAAGUCCAUAGAAAUCACUGACGAAUAGCUCAAUAUUCAUUCAUUUUCUUGAUGCCAGAGUCUGUAGUCCAAAACUUUAGGUUAAAUUAUUACAUUCUAGAAGCUCCUUAAAAGGGCACGGUUCCUUCUUCUCCAGUUACAGGAGUUCAUUUUGACUUUGCAAAAGGGCUCAGUCCCCCACAAGCUUCUGAUUAUUGGCUCUUCAGUUAGAAGAAUUAUUGCUCAUUAGGGGAGGUGGACAUUCUGGUUAGGAUCUUUGUUCUAAACUUUGCUACCAUUCUCAUCUCAUCCACCAAGCAGGGGUUUGAAUCAUGAAUCCUAGAGAAGGCUGCUCCAAAAAUGUCAAUUUGCAGCUGGAUACCAGAGUGGAACUUAUCCAUUCUGAGGCCUGGCUUUUAGAAAUCAUUUUUGUGGCAAAACCCUAAAUUCUCCACCUGGCUCUCAAGUGGGCCUUCUAGAUUCAUCCCUUCUGAGAGGCAUGAAUGAACUCUAAUGAGUACUCAGAAGUAUUAAGGAAGCAGACAUCCCAUAUUCCCACUCCAUGACUGCAGGAAAGAGGAACAGUGUUUUCCUUACAGUAGUUGACACCAAGAGGGAAAAAUGCAGAGGUCUUUAUGGCAACCUGGCAUAAAGGAAUCUGUUCUCAUAAGAGACGGGGGUGCCUCAUGGCCAGGCCUUCAGGAGACAAGCCUCUUACCAACCCUUCCUACAUAGUCUCUGUGGGAAAGGGAGGGAGGACACCCAGGGCUAAGAGGCCACAGAGCAGUAUUGCAGAGGCUGCUUAGUAGCUGCUGCCUCCCUCCCAGAGGUGGCAGUAUUUCCAUAGUGUGGAAACAAGUGACUGGAUCCUGAAGCAAAGUGGUGAUUUCCCCUUCUGGAUGACUCACCCCAAAGCCUUCCCACCCAGGUGUUCUCUGAAAUCUCAACCAUAAGGGAACACCCGGAGAGCUUCCCUAGAUAGACUUCUGCCCCCAGGGGCUGGGACACACCUUUACAAAGUACUGUGGGAAGUAGGAGCUGGGGAGCUGUGCUAGGCCAACGGAGAAACCUUCCAGCGUUUGGUGUAGGCAGUAGGACAUUAGGGAGAAGAGGCCGAGCCACCUGUACCUAGGAAAGGAAUGGAUGUGGUUCUUCUUGUAUUUAUUUGUAUCAUAAACACUUGGAACAACAAAGACCAUAAGCACCAUUUAGCAGUCGUAGCCAUUUUCUAGUUAACUCGUGUAAACCAGAGUAACGUAACAGUAUUAGCCUUUCGCUCUUCUCACAGGACAGGUACCUAAAUAGGGUACUUAUUUAUGUAGUCGCUGUAUUUCUGGAUUUUUAAAUUAAUAAAAAAGUUAAUUUUGAAAAAUCA